UUUGCGUGCCCCGGAAACUGAGCGACGAGUGGUCGACCUAUUCCACAGCACAGCAGCAAGCUAAUUUUCCCCUAAUUUCAUCCAAAAAUAACGACAAAUAAACCAGAUAGCGGGCGUUUUGAUGUUUUUUUGAGGAGCUUUCUGUGUCUGAGGUCCAACAGUGAAGACGGUAAACAUGGCGUCUCCGGGGGGACAAGGAGGAGGAGCCCUGUUGACGAGAGGAGGCAGCGGGGCCCGGAGGAUGAAGUGGGCUCUGGAGCUCAGCUUGGGCAACACCAGGAGUCGUGGCGACCGUCAGGGCGGUCAGGGAGACGUGGUUUACCCCAUCGGCUACUCUGAGAAACCCGUCCCCGACACCAGCAUCCAGGAGACGGACAAGAACCUGGUGGAGAAGCGCUGUUGGGACGUGGCCCUCGGGCCCCUGAAACAGAUCCCCAUGAACCUGUUCAUCAUGUACAUGUCGGGGAACACCAUCUCCAUCUUCCCCAUCAUGAUGGUGUGCAUGAUGGCGUGGAGGCCCAUACAGGCGCUCAUGUCCAUGUCUGCCACCUUCAAGCUGUUAGAGAGCUCCAGUCAGCAGUGGCUGCAGGGCCUCGUCUACCUGGUGGGGAACCUGCUGGGCUCGGCGUUGGCCAUCUACAAGUGUCAGUCGAUGGGACUGCUCCCGACACACUCGUCUGAUUGGCUGGCUUUCAUAGGACCGCCGCAGAGAAUGGAGAUCAUGGGUGGAGGGAUGGUGUUGUGAAGAGGACGCAGCGUGCACAUACCAGAUUGAGAUAUCUACAGAGGUUAUAUUUACUGGACAUUCUCCACCUUUUACCCGCCAGUUACAGACUUUUGUCAAAUCCGAACACACAUUUUCCUUUUGCCUUUUUUUUUUGACAGAAACUUUAAUCACUUCAUCCUGCUGCUCUACUUCAUGUUGUUGCCCUUUCAUAUUUUAAUAAAGGUUUAAAAGCCAGCAGAUCCUCAUGUUGAACUACUGUAUUUUUUUUUCAAGAUGAUUAACAAAAGGCUACUAAUGAGGUUAUUGAACAGAAUGCAGGAUUAUUAUCCUUUUUUUUGGUUAACAUUAUUAAAACAUAACUUUAUUAAUACAAAUGGAGGUUACAAUCUGUAAAGCUUUGUUCUGUUAGGUUUUAUUGCAGUAGAGUAUUUUUUUCUUCUUUUAUUCUUUUCUUGUAGUGACGGGCAGGAUUUCAGCAUGCCAGCCAGCAACAUUACUAACCUGUUUUAAUUUAUGAGUCUGUUUAAUUUAUACGGAUUUGCUACAUGAAAAUGUUCUAUAAAAUGAAUAAAUAAAUCCUUAUUGGCUGAAAUAA